UGGAACAAUUGUAAAAGAUCUUAUAGAUCGUAUACCUCACAAUACAAUUUAUCCUUCAGAAGUAGUGAGGCCAAUUCUGAGGAUGUCUGACAAGAAGUGGUAUUUAAUGUCUAUUUACUCUAUAGACACCGCUUCUUGUCAAACGACCCUCACUACUUCUGAAG